CCAGAACGCCUCCGGUCGUUUCCGGGUUGUUAGUUCGUGUAGACGUGCAUGAUGAUUUUCUGAAGAGACUCAAGAAAGUUUUCCUUUAGAUUUUCAGACAUGGACCCGAAUCAAAUGGAUGGGAUUCCCUCAGCUGGCCUUAAUAUUAGAGAUGAGCAGAUGUCUGGUUUAGAGACAGACUCCCAGGAUGUACAGCCAUCCGAUGCUUCAUUUGAUCUGGGGGAAAAUGCAGAUGAGCUCAAUAAGAGUUUGUCUGCCACCGUGAAGCCGUUUCAGUGCUCUCAGUGUGGGAAGGGUUUUUCCCGAAUCCAGCAUCUGUCCGAACACGUCCGCAUCCACACCGGCGAGAGGCCUUUCCAAUGCCUGGAGUGUGGAAAGACGUUCGCGCGUGAGCGAGACCUCAAGACUCAUCAGCUCGUCCAUACUGAUGCCAAGGCCUUCCAUUGUGUGAUCUGUGUUAAGAACUUUGCCCUGUUAUCCUCCUUGAAAAGACAUCUGCGUGCAUUUCAUCAAGGUGAAGAUGUGAGUACGGAGGGAAAGUGCUUAAUCUGUGUCGAAUGUGGGAAGAAUUUUGACUGCGAUCUGGAGGAGCACGAGCUGACACACACCGGAGAGAUUUCCCACCGCUGUCCCGACUGCGUCAACAGCUUUUCAGAUCCAUCCAAUCUCACGUCUCACGAUCAGACCUUCUCUGAAUCAGACCACGUCCACCAUUUGGAAGAUAAUGACAAUGAGAGACCCUGCGGUUCUCUGGCCUCUGAAGAUGUAGACCGACACUUACAAACCGACCCACUAAAUGACUGCGGUGAAGCGCAGUCUGUGGAGUUUGCUGACAAUAUUGAGAGCGACGGAUUUAAUGAAAGCAGUGCUCAAAUUCAACUGGAGGAGGCUGAAAGAGCUGCGUCUCCAUCAUCCGAGCACUCUCUGGAUUCUGCUCAAAAGGACACUGGACCAGGGUACGCUCCUCCAGAUGAAGAGUUUACAGCUGACCAGCAGUCCUCUGAUGAAGAAAAGCCAUACCAGUGCAAUCACUGUGAAAAGAGAUUUAACAAGCAAGCCAAGCUCCGGAUCCAUCUGCGUGUCCACACCGGAGAGAAGCCGUACCAGUGCUCUCAGUGUGGGAAACACUUCAGUCAAGAUGUAAACCUGAAGAAGCAUUACCGCACGCAUCAUACGGAGGAGAAGCCGUAUCAGUGCAUGAUCUGUGACCGCAAGUUUUCAGUCUCCUUCUCCCUGAUAAAGCAUCAGCGUGUCGCUCAUCCAGAGUGUUUGAGUGUUGCAGAAAGGAAGCGCUUCACCUGUCCGUUCUGCGGAAAAAUAUUCGGACGGCAUCAAGACAUGGAGCAACACAAGCGCACUCACACCGACGAGAGGCCGUUCCGCUGCAAUGUGUGCAACAAAAGCUUCAGGCAGCGCUCGGUGUUAAUCGUGCACAGGAAGAUCCACACUGGAGAAAAGCCCUUCGAAUGCUUCGUCUGCUGCAGACGCUUCUACGGCUCGGGAGAUCUGAAGACUCAUAUGGGCACGCAUACCGGCAUCAGGCCACACAGCUGCCCUCUGUGCUCGAAGAGCUUCCCUCGACCCAGCAGCCUGCAGGCACACAUGCUGUCCCACGUGAACAAGCAGCAGGACAGAAAUGAUGGGGGUUUUCCUCAGGAGGAGGAGCUGGAGGAUGCCUGCGGGGCUUCUGGAUCAUCGGCCAUGCUUUCUGAAGACAAAACGAGCAACCAAUCAGAGACGGGGAUGGACUUGAGUCUCUCAGCGAAUCAAGACCAUGAUGCCAAUCCCAGCUCCAGUUCAGAGCUGCCAGAUCAUCAGAAGCCAUAUUUUUGCAUCAUAUGUGGCAAAACCUUCGCUCUCGCCACUUCCCUGAGAAAACAUCAGCUCAUAUUUCAUCCAGAUCAGCACGUGGAUGUGGAGGGGAAAUGUUUCGCCUGCUCUUACUGCGGGAGGAAGUUUGGUCGACGCCAGGGUUUAUUACAACACGAGCGCAUUCACACCGGAGAAAGACCCUUCAACUGCCCCACCUGCAACAAAAGCUUCCGGCAGCGCUCGGCUCUGGUGGUGCACAUAAGAUCACACACAGGAGAGCGUGCGUUCGUCUGCUUUGUGUGCAAUAAGAGCUUUUACACCCCAGGAGACUUAAAGAAGCAUCUUGAAAUACACACAGGAGUGAGGCCACACAACUGCCCCAUCUGCUCUAAGGGUUUCGGGCGUCCCAGUUUCCUACGCACUCACAUGCGGACCCAUGAAAAAACCUCCGCAAAGAAGCAAAGUGGAUCUGAGAACGCAGCAGGAAAACCAAAAGCGUCCUCUCAAGAAAAGCCGUUUGAGUGCAGUCAUUGUGGGAAGAAAUUCAGUCAGCAGUGCAUGUUUAAAAUCCACCAGCGGAUUCACACCACUGAAAAGCGGUAUAAAUGCACCGAGUGCGGCCUUAGCUUUCGCUGGAGGAGGAACCUGAUCUCACACCAGAGCACCCACCCGGGACAAAACCCUCUCCAGUGUUCAAUGUGCGAUCAAACGUUCAUCUCUGAGGCUGCUGUAAAGAGCCACCAAGAUACAUUUCACUCUGGGGUCUCCCACACAUGCAGUUUGUGUCUGAAGACAUUCACUAAGUCGGCAGGUCUCCGGAAACACGUGCGUUACGUUCACGAAGGAGAGCGCCCUCACAAAUGCACCGAGUGUAACAGAGGAUUCGUUAAAGUGUCGGAUCUGGCGCGUCAUCAGCGCCGCCAUCAUUACGACCGCGGAAACCAACUCUUCCAGUGCUCGGAGUGUGAACGCAGCUUCAGCCACCCCAGCAGUCUGGUCCUACACCGGCGCACACACACCGAAGAGAAACACCAGUGUCCUCAGUGCGACAAGAUCUUCAACCAGGCGGGGCACCUGAAGGUCCACAUGCGCACACACACCAAGGAGAUCAAACCCAAGUUCGAGUGUCCUGAUUGCGGGAAGAGUUUCGGACAGACGAAGGAUCUGAUGGUGCAUCAGAGGGUCCACACUGGAGAAAAGCCAUACCAGUGUCCGCAAUGCAAGAAGAGCUACAGGCAGUUUGCGCAUCUGUCUGUUCAUCUGCGCAGUCACACGGGGGAAAAGCCCUACCAGUGUCCCAUAUGCCUCAAGUUCUUCGCCCAUUCGUCCUCCAUGAAGAAACACCUGCGUGUAAUGCAUCCAGAUGCGAAGGACGCUCCUGUUGGCGCCGGUCCGUCAAACACAAGUGUGGAAGUCAAACAGGAGCCAGUGUCUUCUGAUGAAGAUGGCCUAUAACAUCUGGGAAAGAGACGACCAAUGAGAACUUGUGCUAAUUCGGAAUUUCAAGUGAAAUCUGAAGAAAACGACUUUGCUAUAAUGGAUGAGGUGAAGACUGUUACGGUCUCCUCGUGUCCGUCCAGUCCUAUGACUCUAAAAGAGGAAAAAUAAGUGCUGUGGAUGGAAACCAGGAGUUCUCUCCUGCCAAACACCACACAGAUCUUCAGUGUCUAUUCAAGACCGCUCCAUUUCUGAUGCCAAAUAAACUGUUUUUGAGAAAUAUUGAUAAUAUUCAAGACUUACUCCAGAACACUUCAGUCAUCAUGAAUCCACACAACAGCAGUCCAUGUGGCUUUUUUAGUUAGUUGCCAUAGUCGAGGAGGAAAAUAUACAUUCGCUUUUUUGUGGUAAACCUUCCCUAUCAGAUGGAACCUGAUAGAACUUUCCAUCCAUUCAGAACAUCUCAAACAUGACCUACAUCUGUUUAGAAUCUCCAGAGAUGUACAGUUGAAGACUAAAGACUGAAAUUUUAAUAAUAUAUAUGUCGGAUCUGGUGGGAAGGUCAAUCUCCGAUUCCCGAGGCUCUGUACUGUUUGUGGAAAUUCAGAAUUGACCCAAAACAAACGAUCAAGAUUGGAUAAGAUUGGCAAUGAAAAUUCAGAAACGGGGUUCAACUUGCAUACUAAAGGCUACAGAAAAUUAAUGUAAUAAAUAAAUGAACCAAUAAUUACCUAAUUGGCUAAAAGAAGACAAAUUUUACCUACACAUUUUAAACAUUUUAACUUAACCAUUAAAUAAUUUUAUUCAAAUAUUGUGCAAUAACUAGAGCAAGACACAAUUUGGGGUCUUUUUUUUUUUUUUUUUACUAUUUUUGCAGAAUUUUGUAAUGGAUUGAUGGAGAAUGAUCUUAAGUAACUAAAAAACUUAAUACUUUAAAUAAAAAAUAAUAUUUUAAAUGUAAUAUUAAGGUGUACAAUGCAAAUUCAAUUAGAACCACUUGUUUGGUAAACAAAGCAAGUCUUGCAUCUACUAAAAGACAGCAAAUAUUACUUUACAAAGCGUAUUGUUCAUAAAUCAUAUUAACAGUUGCAAAUUGCUCAAUAUUAUUACCAAAAUUAACAUAUAAACAAUAUAUAUUUAUAUAUAUAUAAACCUCUACGCAAGUAAAUGAACAGUAUUUAUAUUGCAUUAAAGCAUAUUUUACCAUAACAUACAUGAUUCUGGCUCGUAGGCAGGGGGUGGUUCGGGUGGUUUAAAAGAACUACCCACCCACUGACAUAGGUUCAGUAUUUGUCAUUGGUCCAGAAUUUUUGCCACUGUAUUCUCAUUUGAACUAUUGUGACUGCUAUGUCAUCAUAAAUUGUGGAAAUAACCCAUCAAAGGUUUUAAGAAAACGCACAAUAUGACAUAAGUGAAGUCAACUUUCACUAUUGACCGACUGUUGUUUUCUAAGUAACCUAACUUUAAUUUUAAAUCUUGAACCUUAUUCUUGAAAGAAAAAAAAACUAUAAAAAGGUCUGAGGCACCAAAAGCAGCCUAUUAAAGUUAAUUUUAAUACUAAUUAGUAUAAAAAUCCACAAUCAAAGUUUUCAGGGGUAGCUUAAAUAAUGUGUCGGUGCUCUUUGUGUAAGGGAUUCAUCAGAAAAAACAUCAAAAUCAGUCCAAGGCACUCAAAAAAUGUGGAAAAAAUAAUAAAAAGCCUUUAUUGACACGGCUGUUCCUUAAAACUGUGGCUACAUCAGGUUACCCUGAUGAAGUCAAGUGGUAUCAAAACUUGUGUAGGCACAGUUUUAAGAAAUAGCCAUGUCAGUGAAUGCUUUUUAAUAUUUUUUCCACAUUUUACAAGUGCCUUAGACUGACAUGUGCUGUUUAUACUAAUUAAGCUGUUGUUGUUGGAUGAAUUUUCAAGAGAGGCUAGAAGAAAAUCGUGAACAAGCUAAUCCAACUAAAAUAGUGCUUAAAAUUCCACUUAUUGGAGUAUUUAAACAUCAUAAUUAAUAAAAAAAUGAGGUGAAUAACUGCAAAAAAAAAGUACACAUUUUGAGAAAAAAGAACCACCCUUUUAACCAGGCUGGCUACGGGCCUGUGAUUGUGUACUUAUGAGUAAGGAGAAAAUGAGUACAGAAAAAAAUAAACAAUCCCAGAAAAUAUAUGGUUAUGUCAAAGCAGUUAUACAUGGUUUUGAAGAUAAUUUAUAAAAGGACACCACAUGGUAGUGAACUUUGAAAUUGAGUCUGUAUCCAAAAUCGAUUCACCAUACCUCUCAAAUAAUGUACUAUUUAAGUUAGCAGAGAUUUCUACUCGUGUCCAAAAUCAUAGAGGACAAUUUAAAGUGCAUUAAAUCAAUCCCACAAUGCACAGUAAGUACACUCGACAGCUAAAAAUGUUUAUCUAGAAUGCACUGCGAGAGUUCGCGCCAAAUUAACGUCCGCGUCUGACCACAAGAUGGCGUCUAAAGCGCGAUGCUGUCAGAGUAAGUUUAAAAAUCCAAUAUUAUUCAAAGCAACGUUUGUAUACACGAUAAGUUUGUGUUUCAUUGUUGAUAGACAGCAGGCUACGUGUUGAAUAACUAUCACAUGUUUUGACCUGGAAGUUUACAAUACAAUCCCUCUGAGAGAGCAGCAAAACAAACAAAAGUGCGCAGAUACACUCGUUCAAGUGGACUAAUGUAGGGAAUAGUGAAUGAGGCUAGGCUACAAGGGACGAUUUGAGAUACAGAAUGACUCCUAUUUUUCUUUACAAACACAAAAGCUAGCAUAAUAAUCCCAAUUAAUUAAGAUCAGAUGUUUUGUCUUUGCCAUGAUGACAGUACGUUCAUAUUUCUCUAUGACACUAGUAUUUAGCUUACAGUGCAAUUCAAUGGCAGGGUUGUGUGGCCAAUCGUAAAAAGGGGCUAACAAUAUUGACCACAGGAGUUUUAACAUAUUUUUCAAUUUUUAUUUUUAUUUAUUCCACCCAAACUAAAAGAAAUUGUACUUUCUCCAGGAAAAAAAAGUAAAUACUGUGAAAAAUACUUUGUUAAACAUUACUUUGGAAAAUAAUUAUUUAAAAUAAUUAAAAUUCCACACUCAUUUUAGUCUUCAACUGUACAUAAACUGUAUGAUUUUGACCAAACUGUUAGUAGAAAGUAGCCGUGGCACCUACUGGGAGUAGAGUUUCCAUCAGGUAGACGAUUGUGUGACUCUAGGCUGCAGACUUCAGUUCCAGUCCUCAUCAAACUCCUCUAUAGGUUCCAAGUAAUCCCGAAGACUUUUAGAUUAGGUUGAUUAUUAGUGUUUGUAUCAAAGAUCUACUGAUAUCCUAGAGUUCAGCUCCAAACGCCUGCAUGGAAGUGUGUGUAUUGAGUCUGAAGGUCUGGAUCAUCUCCUCCAGGUGUGUUUAAUCAUGAUUAAAGCUCAACUCUGCAGGACUCUCCUCAAGCAGAAGAACUCAACUAUUAUUCUACAUUUCUGUGUGAUUUAGCUACUAAAUAUGUGUGAUUGUUAUUUUAUGCAUUCCCUGCUCUUUAGAUUUACUUUGUGUUCACAGCUGCAUUUAAUAUGUUUCAAGAUUUUUUUGGUAACCCCCAUGAAAACAGUAAAUAUUGCAGUUUCUUUAAACCAUACUAUAGUAAAGUGUAUUAAAUUGUAUAGCAUCUAUAACUCUUUGUUAUGAAUGCUGCAGUAGUGAGCUUCUAAAUGUUUACACUAGAGUAAACUGUGGUGAAUUGUAAUAUAUACACCCUUCCUAUUGAUCAUUUUGAGGGAUGUAAACAAAAACAAUGGUCCUAACAUAUUUCCUGUUUCAAAAUUUUAAUUUCUGUAGGAUCUGAGAAUUCAGAAGGAACCACAUAUUGAUAAAUAGCAUUAUGACAGCUGUUUUACCAUUAAGUUAUGAUUAAAUUGCCUCUUGUUAGUUAUUAAAUAGUUUAAUAACAAGCUGGAAAUGUUCAUGGACCAAUGACAUAAACACAUUGAAAUGGUCUAUGGCUAGUUAUUGGGUCACCUGUUUAUAUAACUGUAGUGAUUGUGUUACCACUAUAAAGUUACCAAAACAUAUUAAUUCAAGUACUUUACUAUUGUAUGGUUCAGAAACACUGUAGUAUUUACCAUAGUAUUUUCGCCACAUCUGCUUUUUAAGGCAUGUGAAUAUGCAACAAGCACCGAAUCAUUUCAUUACUAUUACAGUGUUACUCUGACACCAAUGCUUUUGUUUGUUUGAACACAUGGCGUCUCAUAAUAGAUGGGAAUAUUGUAGGUUCACCAGUAAACAAUCUAAAACACGG